ACUUUGUUUCCCUUGUUUCAUUCAUUUGACUCGAUCAUCUAAGGGCUAAUGUGAUGAGUGAAAAGGUGGACAUAUAAGAAAUGACUACCCAUGAGAAAUGGGUCUGUGAAGCAAUGACUCCAACAACCAUCUAACUGGUCCAAUACCUCGACAAUUGGGAUCCAUGUCUUACUUGAAAAACUUGACUCUGUUACACAAUCUUUUAUCUGGUUCUAUUCCUAAGGAGAUAGGAAAUCUCACAAGUUUGGUUGUACUGAACAUUCACUCCAACUAUAUUUCUGGUACGCUCCCGCCGGAGAUUGGAGACUUGAAAAAUCUGGAGAAGCUGAUUAUUCACUCCAACCAUCUUUCUGGUACACUCCCACCGGAGAUUGGAGACUUGAAAAAUCUGACCAGGCUGAGUAUUCACUCCAACCACCUUUCUGGUACACUCCCACCGGAGAUCGGAAACUUGAAAAAACUGAAGGCGCUGCAUAUAUCCUCUAAUCAGUUCAUUGGAGAAAUACCUCAAACAUUUAUCAAGUUAGUGAGUCUGAAAGAAUUUUCGGCAUCUAGCAACAAUUUUACCGGUAAAAUACCAGAUUUUCUUGGAAACUUUAGCUCGCUAGUAACAUUGAUACUUCAAGGAACUUCUAUGAAUGGACCAAUUCCUUCAAGUCUUUCAAAAUUAACUCAGAUGCAAUACUUAAGGAUAAGUGACAUAACUCAAGGUGGUUCUUCUUUGGACUUCAUAUUGCCUCUGAAAAAUCUGACAGAAUUGGUUCUAAGAAACAACAACAUCACUGCAGAAAUUCCAGUAGACAUUAACGCGUUAACCAAUUUGGAAUAUUUGUAA